UGAGAACUCUGCAAGCACCAAGUUAACAUCUAAUGACCUGACUCUUCGUGAUUUCUCUGUGAGGAUUUACGCCUUUUUUGGGGAAAAAAAAGAAAUAUCACCAGAUUUAUUUUCGCGUUCCUUUAUUUAUUUCAUUUGUAUUUUUCACACCAACACCUGGAGUACACCCGACUGUGGAUCUAUGCCAACCCUACGCGGGAGUCAACGACAAAUUGUGAAGUAGAAGAGGAGGAAUGUAUCGUUUCUUUGUGAGACUAACAUUUCUGACUUCUGCCAUCGUCGUCUCACAAGGUCUAAAAUGCUCUCUGCCCACUGAAUCCUGCCUAAAUGGAGGAAGAUGUGAAGCUGCCCCAAAUGGAAAUGGAGAAUGCAAGUGUCCCAGUGACUAUGUAGGCAACCGAUGUCAGUUUCCCAGCCCGUGCAGCCCGUCGCCAUGCCGCAACGGAGGAGAGUGUCGCGCCGUCUCCCAUGGCAACACAUUUGACUUCCGCUGCGUGUGCCGGCUGGGUUUCACCGACCGCCUCUGUCUGACACCGACCAACCAUGCCUGCAUGAGUUCCCCCUGUCGCAACGGAGGAACGUGUGACCUCAUCACCCUCACGGCCUACCGUUGCCGCUGCUCACCUGGGUGGUCAGGCAAAACCUGCCAACAUCCCAACCCAUGUGCGUCAAAUCCCUGCGCAAAUGGCGGCCAGUGCUCGGCCUUCGAUUCCAACUUCAUGUGCACUUGCCCGCCCACCUUCCACGGUCAAACCUGCAAGCAAGAUGUCAACGAGUGCGCACAGACCCCAAAUCCCUGCCUCAACGGUGGCAUAUGUGUAAAUGAGGUGGGCUCCUACCACUGCCGUUGCCCUCAGGACCACACCGGGAUGCACUGCGAGACCCGCUACGUGCCAUGCAGCCCCUCGCCGUGCCAGAAUGGGGGCACGUGCGUCCAGAAGGGGGACACCACUUACGACUGUAGCUGCCUUGCAGGAUUCACGGGUCAGAACUGUGAGCACAACAUUGAUGACUGUCCAGGCCACAGCUGUCAGAAUGGGGGUGUAUGCGUUGAUGGUGUCAACACCUACAAUUGCCAGUGUGCACCUCACUAUACAGGGCAAUACUGCACCGAAAAUGUGGACGAGUGCGAGUUAAUGCCCAAUGCUUGUCAGAACGGAGGCACCUGCCACGACACACAUGGCAGCUACCACUGUGUCUGCGUCAACGGGUGGACGGGUGACGACUGCAGCGAGAACAUUGACGACUGCGCCAGCGCCGCUUGCUACCAUGGCGCCACCUGCCACGACCGCGUUGCUUCCUUCUUUUGCGAGUGUCCGCACGGGCGCACGGGUUUGCUCUGCCACCUGGAUGAUGCGUGCAUCAGCAACCCAUGUCAAAAAGGCUCCAACUGUGACACCAACCCCGUCAAUGGCAAAGCAAUCUGCACAUGCCCGCCAGGUUACACCGGGUCGGCCUGCAAUCUGGACAUUGAUGAGUGCUCUCUUGGCGCCAACCCUUGUGAACACGGAGGUCGCUGCCUUAACACCAAAGGCUCCUUCCAGUGUAAGUGUCUUCAAGGGUAUGAGGGACCUCGUUGCGAGAUGGACGUCAAUGAAUGCAUGUCGAAUCCGUGCCAUAACGACGCCACCUGCCUGGACCAAAUCGGAGGAUUCCACUGCAUCUGCAUGCCAGGCUAUGAGGGUGUAUUCUGUCAUAUCAACACGGAUGAGUGCGCUAGCCAACCUUGUCUCAACAACGGCAAAUGCAUCGACAAGAUCAACUCCUUCCACUGCGACUGUCCUCAAGGAUUUUCAGGGCAUUUGUGCCAGGUGGAUAUUGAUGAGUGUGCCAGCACCCCAUGUAAAAAUGGAGCAAAGUGUACGGAUGGUCCCAACAAAUACACCUGCGAAUGUGCUGAAGGUUACACAGGGCAGCACUGCGAGACCGACAUCAACGAGUGCUACUCUGACCCUUGUCACUAUGGCACCUGUAAAGAUGGCCUGGCCUCGUUCACUUGCUACUGCCGCCCAGGCUACACGGGCCGCCUGUGCGAGACCAACAUCAAUGAGUGUCUCAGCCAGCCCUGCAAAAACGGCGGCACCUGUCAGGAUAGAGAGAACACGUACAUCUGUUCCUGCCCCAAAGGCACCGCAGGUUUCAACUGCGAGAUCAACCUGGAUGACUGUAAGAGCCACCCCUGCGACUACGGGAGGUGUAUCGACAAGAUCAACGGCUACGAGUGUGCGUGUGAGCCGGGGUAUACAGGGACAAUGUGCAACAUCAACAUCGAUGAUUGCGCCAUCAACCCAUGUCACAAUGGCGGCAAGUGUGUUGACGGCAUCAACAGCUUCACCUGCCUCUGCCCAGAGGGCUACAACGACGCCACCUGCUUGUCUCAGGUGGACGAAUGCGGCAGCAACCCCUGUAUUCACGGUCGAUGCCAGGACCUCAUCAAUGGCUAUAAAUGCACCUGCGACUCUGGAUGGAGUGGCCCAAAUUGUGACAUCAACAACAAUGAGUGCGAGUCCAACCCGUGUAUGAAUGGAGGAACCUGUAAAGACAUGACCAGCGGAUACCACUGUACAUGCAGAGCGGGCUUCACAGGGCCUAACUGCCAAACUAAUAUCAACGAGUGUGCCUCCAACCCCUGCCUCAACCAGGGAACCUGCAUGGACGAUGUGGCAGGGUACAAGUGCAACUGCCAGCUUCCCUACACUGGUGAAAACUGUGAGACCUUGCUGGCCCCCUGCAACACAAGACCCUGCAAAAAUGGCGGACUAUGUAAAGAGUCUGAAGACUACCAGAGCUUUUCUUGCAGUUGUCCCGGUGGAUGGCAAGGUCAAACUUGUGAGAUUGACAUCAACGAAUGUGUGAAAAGCCCAUGCCGCAAUGGUGCCCUUUGUCACAACACGAUGGGAAACUACCAGUGCAAGUGCCUGCCAGGCUACACGGGUCAGACGUGUGAAACGGACAUAGAUGACUGCAAACCAAAUCCAUGCAGCAACGGAGGUCUGUGCCGCGACGGCAUCAACACUUUUACGUGUACCUGCCUGCCAGGGUUUCGCGGUGGCAGGUGCGAGCAGGACAUCAAUGAGUGCGAGAGUAACCCCUGCAGGAAUGGCGCCAACUGCACAGACUGUGUCAACAGCUACACGUGCACCUGCCCGCCAGGUUUCAGCGGCAUCAAUUGCGAGAUCAACACGAACGACUGCACAGACAGCUCUUGUUUCAACGGUGGCACUUGUGCUGAUGGGAUCAACACCUUCACCUGCCUGUGUCUACCUGGAUUUACUGGCAGCUACUGUCAAUAUGACAUCAACGAGUGCGACUCCAGGCCGUGUCUCAAUGGAGGGACGUGUUUGGACAGCUUCGGAACAUACAAGUGCACCUGCCCUCCAGGUUACACAGGAGUCAACUGUCAGAAUCUUGUACGGUGGUGUGAUUCAUCCCCCUGUAAAAAUGGGGGCACAUGCUGGCAGAAGGGAGCCUCCUACACCUGCCAGUGUCAGACGGGAUGGACUGGACUCUACUGUGACAUCCCAAGCGUCUCCUGUGAGGUAGCAGCCAAACAGCAAGGUGUAGAAGUGGCUCACCUGUGUAGAAACUCAGGCCAGUGUCUCGAUGCCGGAAGCACACAUUAUUGUCGCUGCCAGGCAGGCUAUACUGGUAGUUACUGCCAGGAGCAAGUGGAUGAGUGCUCCCCUAAUCCUUGCCAGAAUGGUGCCACCUGCACUGAUUAUUUAGGAGGCUACAGCUGUGAGUGUCUCCCUGGUUACCAUGGUGUAAACUGCUCAAAAGAGAUCAAUGAAUGUCAGUCUCAGCCGUGUCAGAAUGGAGGAACUUGCAUUGAUCUGAUCAACACAUACAAGUGCUCCUGUCCCAGAGGAACACAAGGCGUUCACUGUGAAAUCAACCUGGAUGACUGCAACCCAUUCAACGACCCACUGACCAAUGAGCCCAAAUGCUUCAACAACGGUAAAUGUGUGGACCGCAUUGGAGGCUACCAGUGUGUGUGCCCGGCGGGCUACGUGGGCGAGCGCUGUGAAGGUGAUGUCAAUGAGUGCCUAUCAGACCCAUGCGACCCGAGGGGAUCAUAUAACUGCAUCCAGCUCACCAACAGUUAUCGCUGCGAAUGCCGCACUGGAUAUACAGGCCAGCGUUGCGAUAAAGUGUUUGAUGGCUGCAAAGGUAGGCCGUGUAGAAAUGGAGGGACAUGUGCAGUUGCCAGCAACACUCCUCAUGGCUUUAUCUGCAAGUGCCCACCGGGCUUCACUGGCUCCUCGUGUGAGUACGAUUCUCGCUCCUGCGGGAAUCUAAAUUGCCAGAACGGAGGAACAUGCGUGUCAGGCCACUUGGGCCCACGUUGCCUGUGUCCUCCAGCCUUCACUGGACCUGAGUGCUUCACCCCAACUGACAGCCUCUGUAUCUCCAACCCAUGCUACAAUGGUGGCACUUGUCAAAUCACCCCUGAUGCGCCGUACUUCCAGUGCAGCUGUCCCAGUAAUUUCAACGGCCUGCUGUGCCACAUCCUGGACUAUUCCUUUGUCGGAGGCUUCGGCCGAGACAUUACCCCACCUCCAGAAGUGGAAGUGAGCUGUGAGAAUCCACAGUGCGACGAGUGGGCUGGCAACCACAUCUGUGACUCACUGUGCAACAACCAUGCGUGUGGCUGGGACGGAGGAGACUGCUCCCUUAAUUUUGAUGAUCCCUGGCAAAACUGCUCGGCAGCUCUGCAGUGUUGGCGCUACUUCAACGAUGGGAAGUGUGACGGCCAGUGUAACAGCCCUGGGUGUCUCUAUGAUGGCUUUGACUGUCAAGGACAGGAAGGACAAUGCAACCCACUUUAUGACCAGUACUGCAAAGACCACUAUGCUGAUGGCCACUGUGACCAGGGUUGCAACAAUGCAGAGUGUGAAUGGGAUGGCCUGGACUGUGCCAAUAACAUGCCAGAAAAGCUAGCAGAUGGCCACUUAGUUCUAGUGGUUCACAUACCGCCAGAGCAACUUAAAAAUCAUUCUUCAGCAUUCCUCAGAGACCUAAGCAGUGUUCUUCACACUAACGUGGUGUUCCGCCGCGAUGCUAAAGGAGAGCCGAUGAUCUUCCCUUAUUACGGCAACGAACAGGAUCUGGUUAAGCACAACGUUCUGAAGCGUUCUGCAGAUGGUUGGCCUGAGUGGGCCGCAAUGCCUGCAAAUGUUUUGGGUCAGAUGAAAGACAGUGUGUCUGCUAUGGUCGGUCCGCGCAAACGCAGGGAGCUGGAUUCUGUGCAAGUGCAAGGAUCUGUGGUCUACCUGGAGAUUGACAACCGCCAGUGCUACCAACAGUCCAGUGAAUGCUUCCAAAGCGCUACAGAUGUUGCUGCCUUCCUCGGAGCUUUGGCCUCUAGUGGGAAUCUCAAUGUUCCCUACAUCGAAGCUGUCACCAGUGUGAGACCAACUCCUUCCGGUUCAGAGCUCUAUCCCAUGUAUGUCGUCUUUCUGGGAUUGGCGGCUUUGGGUUUUGUAUGCCUUGGCGUUUUAGUGUCACGAAAGCGAAGGCGAGAGCAUGGUCAGCUUUGGUUCCCAGAGGGAUUCAAGGUGUCCGAGCCCAGUAAAAAGAAACGCAGAGAGCCAGUUGGGGAAGAUUCUGUUGGACUGAGGCCUAUGAAAAUAUCAGACAUAAAUCUCAUGGAUGACAAUCAAAAUGAAUGGGGUGAUGAGGAUCCAGACUGCAGGCGCUUCAGGUUUGAGGAGCAGGCCAUGCUGGAUUUGAGUGACCAUACUGACCAGAGGAAAUGGACUCAGCAGCAUUUGGAUGCAGCUGACCUGCGUAUUCAGUCCAUAGCCCCGACACCUCCUCAAGGCGAGAUAGAGAAUGACUGCAUGGAUGUUAAUGUCAGAGGACCAGAUGGCUUCACUCCUCUGAUGAUUGCCUCCUGCAGUGGUGGAGGACUCGAGACCGGCAACAGUGAGGAGGAAGAGGAUCCUUCCGCAGAGAUCAUCACCGACUUUAUUUACCAGGGGGCCAAUCUUCACAACCAGACUGACCGCACAGGCGAGACUGCCCUUCACCUGGCCGCCCGCUAUGCCCGCUCCGACGCCGCCAAACGCCUCCUGGAGUCUAGCGCCGAUGCUAAUGUGCAGGACAACAUGGGUCGCACUCCUCUUCACGCUGCUGUGGCUGCAGAUGCACAGGGGGUGUUUCAGAUUUUAAUCCGAAACCGUGCAACCGAUCUUGACGCACGCAUGCACGAUGGGACAACACCGCUGAUUCUGGCUGCCAGGUUGGCGGUUGAGGGCAUGGUGGAAGAGCUUAUCAACUGCCACGCCGAUGCUAACGCCACUGAUGACUCAGGAAAAUCUGCGCUUCAUUGGGCUUCAGCUGUAAACAAUGUGCAGGCUGCCGUUGUGCUGCUGAAAAAUGGUGCCAACAAAGACAUGCAAGACAACAAGGAAGAGACAGCGCUAUUCCUUGCAGCGCGCGAGGGAAGCUACGAGACAGCAAAGGUUCUACUGGAGCACUUUGCUAACCGAGAGAUCACCGAUCAUCUGGACCAGCUUCCAAGAGACAUUGCCCAGGAGCGCAUGCACCACGACAUCGUCCGCCUACUGGAUGAGUACAACGUCGUCCGAAGCCCUGGCCUUCACGCGGCUCCAUUGAGCACCUCCAGCCUCUCUCCACCUCUCUGCUCUCCCAACGACUACCUUAGCAACCUCAAACCAAGUCUUUCUGUCAAGAAGGUUCGAAAGGGAGGAAAAGAUGGCAGCAAAGAUAAUAGGGUGAAGAAGAAGAAGUCACUCGAGGGGAAGGGCAACUUGCUGGACACGUUAGCCGUGCUCUCCCCCGUGGAUUCCCUGGAGUCCCCCCAUGGCUACCUGUCUGAUGCAGCCUCUCCUCCUAUGACGUCACCAUUCCAGCAGUCGCCACCCACAUCUCUCAAUCACCUACAAGGGAAGGGAGAUUCCCACAUGGGUCAGAUGAGCAUGGGUAAGGACAUGGGCCGCAUGUCUUUUGAUCACAACCCACCCCGUCUCUCCCAUUUACCAGUGUCCAGCCCAGGCAGUCAGGGCACAACCUCUAUAGGUAGCGGCAGGGUAAGCCAGUGUGACUGGGUGUCUAGGAUGCACCAAGCUCAGCAAGGGAGCUUCCCACAGGCUUCACCCAUAUCCCACAACAUUAUGGGAGGCCUUAACGGUGUCAGCACCGCCACCCUUUCACAAAUAAUGGGCUACCAGAAUAUGCAGACCAGCCACUUGGCCUCAUCCGCACACAUGAUGCAGCAGGCUCACUCACGGCAGCUCCAGCACCAGAACUCCAGCUCCACUACAGCAGGGCAGUCUAUGACGCAGAGCUUCCCCAGCAUUGAGCUAAAUGGCACCGACAUGCAGCAAAACAAUGCCUCAGGCCGCUCUAUGUCCAUCCAUACUGUGAUGCCCCAGGAGACGCAGAUCCUCGGCACCCAGUUUCCCACCCCACCCUCCCAACACAGCUAUUCUGGACCCAUGGACAACACGCCUAACCACCAGCUGCAGGUGCCCGACCACCCGUUUUUAACCCCCUCCCCCGGCUCGCCUGACCAGUGGUCCAGUUCGUCCCCACAUUCCAUGUCUGACUGGUCGGAAGGUAUCUCAAGUCCGCCUACCAGUAUCCAUUCGCAGAUGAAUCUGAUCCCAGAGCAGUUUAAGUAGACUCUUACACAUUGAGCGACAGCUUUAGCUGGAAAAUUUGUUUCACACAGACUGAAGGUGGUCCUUUCUUAUCAGUCUUUAACGUUAAGAACCGAUUUUUUUAAAGUAAGUUUUUAUUUAUUUAUGACCUUUUUUUGACCAGAAAAUUUACAGAAGAUGCUUUUAUAUUUAUGCUUUUUUAAUGUUAUUUUUUUUUCUGUAUGUCUGAGAAGGAAUAGACAACUUUAAAAGGAGGUUAUAUCAGAAAAAACAGACUCCUUAAUUUGUACACUGGCUAUUUAUUUGUCUUUUGUUGCAACAUUCACUGGAUUUAAUUUUUAUAUUUUUGUUUUUUUGAAAGUUUAAUUAGGGUUUUGUUGCAUUAUGUAAAUAUGGACUUUUUUUUUUUUUUGUUUUAAAUAUUUUCAGUAUUAACUUUAUGUUUUAAGUGACACAUGCCUUGUUACUGAAUGUCAAGUCUUAUCCCCGAGUCUGUGUUAGAUGAUGACGAAACAUAUAUCCAAUGACACCUGUCAGAGUGUGGUUUGGAGAUUUGGGACCUUUAAGCACAGCACAAAUAUAUGUUAUCAGUUGACAGAUACAGUGAAAAAUUGGGAAAAAAAAUGCAUCAAAAUCAGCCUGAGCCUACUUUUUAAAAAUUUACUAUUGAUCUAGAAUGCUACUGAGCAACUGAUUUGUGGUAUUUAUGAUAGUGGGAUGGAUUCUUUAUUUCAUAUUGUCACAGAUCAAUGUUUAUGGUUACCUUGUUUAACCUGUGAAGUGUGACCUUGCAGCCCCAUUGUAGAAAAUGUCUCGUUCACUACAGUCUAAAUUAGCGCCAGUGCGACAUUUGUUUUUCUGUAGAAAAGCAAUGUAUUUGUGGGAUUUCUUGCACAAUGUCUUCAAGGUGGAAAACAUUGUUUGUGAAAGAAAUAGGGACCUUAACGACAUCGCUUGCGCUAUGUUGAGCACAAAGUGUCGAAAUGUCAUGUUUUAUAAACUUAUUCAGAGGUAAAGAUGUUUUAAAUGAAGGUGUAAUUUGAAAAAAAAAAUCAACCUUGAUGCAAUGUUGUAAUUUGCAAAUUACUUCCUGAUGAAAAUGUUUUGUAAAAAUUGACUUGAUUCAAUAAAA